CAUACAUCACAUCUUCGGAGUUCGGGCACUUUGACUUACUCCAUCCGUGUUGAUUUUGGGAUUGGGGAAAAAUGAUGAAUAUUCUUUUUCUUCUGCUUGUGAUUAUGGAGCCACUGUGCCUGUUCGUCAUCAAAAGGGGCAGCGCAGCAGAUACCAUUAGGCCAUCGCAGUUUUUGAGGGAGGGCGACACCUUGGUCUCCAAUGGAGGAAAGUUCGAAAUGGGUUUCUUCAGCCCUGGCAAAAGCUCCAGCAAUGUCUACUUGGGAAUCUGGUUCAAACCCAUCCCAGUCAGAACAGUUGUUUGGGUUGCAAACAGAGACAAACCCAUCCAAAACCCACCCGGCGCUUUGACGAUCAACGGCAGCGGCAGUCUCCUCCUUCUCUGCCAGAACCACGGGGUCGUGUGGUCAUCGAGUUCACCGGAACAGGACGGCGUGAACCCAGUAGCUCAGCUCUUGGACACCGGAAAUUUGGUGGUAAGAGAUGAGAGAAAUUCAGAGAGUAAUAGUAGUUAUUUGUGGCAAAGCUUUGACUACAUAGGUGAUACUUUUCUUCCUGGGAUGAAGCUUGGAGCAGACCUAAAGACCGGUCAGGUCUGGCGCAUGUCGUCGUGGAAGAGCCCCGACGAUCCGUCUCCGGGCGACCUCAGCUACGGGAUGGAACCUACCUCUUACGCUGAAGCCUUAAUGAGGAAAGAUUCUGCAAAGUUCUUCCGAAGCGGGCCCUGGAAUGGCGUCCGGUUCAGCGGCGGUCCGGAGCUUAGGCCGAACCCGCUUAUCGGUUUUCAGUUCGUUGCCAAUUCCGAGGAGCUUUACUCCACGGACCAGCUGAAGAACGAGUCUGUCAUAACCAUGUACCGGCUGAACGACACAACCGGUACCGGGGACCGUUACAUUUGGUUCGAAGCUGAGCAGACAUGGAAAACCUACCUCUCAAACCCCACGGACAACUGCGACACUUACGGCUUGUGCGGUGCGUAUGGGAUUUGUGUGAUCAGCGAGUCGCCAGUUUGCCAGUGCGUGAAAGGGUUUGUGCCGAAGUCACCGAGAAAAUGGAGCACGAUGGACUGGUCGGAAGGGUGCGCGAGAAGCCAGGCAUUGAAGUGUGGAGAGGGAGAAGGGUUUGCCAAGUUCAACGGGUUGAAGCUUCCGGAUACGGCGCAUACAUGGCUGGACAACAGCAUGAAUCUGGAGGAAUGUAGAGCGAAGUGCCUGGCCAACUGCUCCUGCGUGGCUUACGCCAACUCGGAUAUUCGAGGAAGCGGCGGUGGGUGUGUCAUGUGGUUUGGUGAUCUUGUGGAUAUGCGGCAGACUUCCAUCGAUGACCAGCCGUUGUAUAUUCGAAUGCCAAUUUCGGAACUAGUAGCUGAGGAAAAACACAGCCAGCGCAAGAAGGUAGUACUGGUUUGCGUGGUUGUCGUUGCCGCCAUCACAUGGGCACUAAUUCCAUAUUCUGGGGUUGUUGUGAUCGGCUUUUACCUUCACCUCCGCAAAAGCAACAAAAACUCGGAAGGAAAUGCAAGGGGCAAUUUAGGAAAUGAUUGCACUAAUGAAAUGCAAGAAAGAGACAUGGAGUUACCAUCGUUUGACUCUGAAAGCAUAGCUUAUGCCACUGAUAAUUUUUCAAUUCACAAGAAGCUUGGAGAAGGUGGUUUUGGACCUGUGUACAAGGGUACACUGUUAGAUGGUCGAGAAAUUGCAGUGAAAAGACUUUCCUUAUGUUCUGGACAAGGACUGAAUGAGUUAAAAAAUGAAGUCACACUUAUUGCAAAGCUUCAACAUCGAAAUCUUGUAAAGCUUCUUGGUUGUUGCGUUGAAGGAGAUGAAAGGAUAUUGAUUUAUGAAUACAUGCAUAAUAAAAGCUUGGACUUCUUUAUAUUUGAUCAAACAAAGGGUCAACUAUUAGAGUGGUCAAAGCGUUUUCACAUUAUUCUUGGAAUUUCUCGAGGGCUUCUAUAUCUUCAUCAAGAUUCAAGAUUAAGAAUUAUUCAUAGAGAUUUGAAAGCAAGUAAUGUCUUACUUGACAAUGAGAUGAACGCAAAAAUUUCAGACUUUGGCCUGGCUAGAUGUUUUGGAAACAAUCAGACUGUGGCAAACACAACUAGAGUGAUUGGAACUUAUGGUUAUAUGGCACCAGAAUACGCUGUUGAUGGGCUAUUCUCAAUAAAAUCCGAUGUCUUUAGUUUUGGUGUUUUAUUACUUGAGAUAGUAAGUGGAAAGAAAAAUAGAGGAUUUUAUCACCCAAGUCAUAACCUUAACCUCACUGGGCAUGCAUGGAGGUUAUGGGAAGAAGGUCGACCAAUGGAGUUGAUUAUUGAUACACCAUAUGGGGAUUCAUACUAUGUUCCACAAAUGCUAAGAUGCAUCCAUGUGGGACUCUUGUGCGUACAACAACAACCUGAUGAUAGGCCAAACAUGUCUUCUGUGAUUUUAAUGUUGAGUAGUGAGAGUACACUACCUCGACCCAAAAGGCCUGGCUUUUUUGUGGAUAGGAAUCUAGUAGAAGAAGUAAAUUCUUCUAAUAAAUUCAUAUCAAAUUCUACCAAUGAGAUUACAAUUACGGUAUUAGAGGCUCGAUAGAGCUGCAUUUGGUGACCCAUAAUGCCCGAUUCAAAGAUGGACUGAAGGAGAAUAUUGUUCAU